UUUGUUUAGGUUUUUUAUUCAGUUCUCUCUCACGCUACACUCAUGCAUGGCCUGCAGUUCACCUACCAAACUCAUUCCAUAUAAAAGAAACCUUUGUGAAAUGCAAGAGCCUCCGGUUGUUUUACUUGAUUUGAUUAAUUAAUUGACUAAAGUUAUGGAUGUCUACCUUUGCUUUAUCUGCUUCCUCUCUUUGGUUUCUUCUUUCAUUCUCAUCUCGUUUUUCUUACUGAAAUGUCCAUGCAAAAGAGGUGGCAUGAACAUCCUCCUGGAAAGUGAAGACCAAAGGAAUGGGAUAGGGCUUCAAUCAAAAAACUUUGAAGCUGAAAUGGAGAGAAGGAAUAAGCUUUGCCACAGACUCCAUUUCCUUCGCACUUUGGUUCCUAACAAUACUGGGAAGGACAGGGCUUCAAUCAUCGGGGACACGAUUGUGUACGUGUCCAAAUUGGUGAGGCAAGUAAAAGAACUUCAAGAAGAGCUUGAACGUAACUCAAAUAAUGAAGGAUCAGCAAAGGAAACUAGUAAUGUAUGUGGAAACGAUGGCAAUUUACAAUCAGAUAUUCUGAGUCAAAUUGAAACUAUCAUUGCAAACAAACCAGUAAAUGAAAAGAUGGAGAAAAAUGACAGCACCAGUAAAAUCGUUCAAGCUGAUCACGUUAAUUAAGGACUCUUUGCUGGAGAUAACUCGGAAACUGUCAAUGGAAUCCAUCAUAAGGGUGGCCUGAGACGAUGGCUAAAGCAUUAUGGAAUGGGACAUCACUGGAUCACUUCUAUCAAGAUCAUUAUCAAUAAGGCAAUAACAUGCACCACCUCUACAAUUACCAUACUUCGUAGUACCACUUACAACAUCUUUCUAAUUAGUUGAUUAUUAUCUACUCAAUUCAUGUAUGAAUUAAUUAGGCGCGUAUUCGGUUUCUUUCACUUCAUGUAGUACGAACUUAAUUAUAACGGUGAUUUUAAUGCUUCA